GAGAUAGAUAGACACUUGCAUACAUAGAGGAUGGUUGUUCUAGUUUCUCACUCUAGCUAGAAUCGUGUCUUCUCACUCUCUCUCUCUCUCUUUAUCUGUCAGUUUCUCUCUCCCUCUCUCUCUCUCUCUCUCUAUCUCUCUCAUCCAUUCUUCUGCUUGGCAAAGGUCAACAACAAGCAGAAGAAAGGCACAGUUUAUGGCCACACAUAAUAAUAUUGCUCUUCCAAAACCCUCAUCUUCCCCUUUCCAUCCUUUAAUUUGAUUUGUUUCGUCUUCCAUUUUUGUGUUUUUUUUUUUUCUGUCGAGGGAUAAUAGAUUGUUUGAUUCGUCUGACACACAGUAAUUGAAGCUUUGAUUUCGAUCUCUGCAAACCCUAGUUUUUCGAUCGAUUUGGAAUAGAACAGUAGUAGUGUUUGUUUGUUUGUUUGAUUUCAAAUCAAUAAUUGGAUUUGGAUCUAGGCAGCAGCCAUUGAUGCUCUCGCAUUGAAUUGGGAAGCUGAAGCUGUUGAGCUUUUCAAUUAAUUCCUCUUCCUUCUUCACAGAUCUGUCAGAGAUCGGUUAAGUUUCGCCAAUUUUGAAAUUAAUCAUGAAUUUCAUGUCAGGGUUUUAUGAAGAAAUGUCGUCGACGGCGGCGCCGGCCUCUAACGGCGCCGGAGAAUUUCCCCCAAUUAAUUACCCCACCGCCGGAGACGACGAAAACAAUUACAGCGCCGCCGCCGCCGCCGUGGCUGCGGUGGAGCGGGAGCACAUGUUCGACAAAGUGGUGACCCCCAGCGACGUCGGAAAACUGAACCGGCUGGUGAUUCCGAAGCAGCACGCCGAGAAAUAUUUUCCGUUGGAUUCGACGACGCAGGAGAAGGGACUUCUGCUAAACUUCGAGGACCGGAACGGGAAGCCAUGGCGGUUCCGGUACUCCUACUGGAACAGCAGCCAGAGCUACGUCAUGACCAAAGGCUGGAGCCGCUUCGUCAAGGAGAAGAAGCUCGACGCCGGCGACAUCGUCUCCUUCCAGAGGGGCGUCGGAGAACUCUCCAAGGACAGGCUUUUCAUCGACUGGCGCCGCCGCCCGGACGCGCCGGAGAUUCAACCACCGAUUCCGUCAUUCCCGGUCUCCUACGAGAUCUCCUUCCACCGCCCCUGGGCUCCCCUUUUCGUCCACCCGCCGCCGUCCCGGCCGCCGGAAUAUUCCAGAUUCCUCCACCCCACAACCGCCGCCAGUCAAUUGCAUUUCCUGCAAUCUCCGCCUCCUCUUCACGGCGGCGCCGGAGGCCCUAAUUACGGCUACGACAGUAGAUUCGUCGUUAAUGGAAACCCUUGCUCGCCGAACUCCUUCCUCUACCUGAGAUCCGGCGGCGCCGGAAGCAGCGUACAGCAACCGGAAUUCGGCGGCGGACAUACGGCGGCGGUGUUCAACGCCGUGCCGGUGGUUCAAGGAAAGGCGGCGGCGAAGAGACUCCGACUAUUCGGAGUUAAUAUGGACUGCCCAAUUUCCGAUUCCGGCGAAUUCGACGACGCCGCCGGUCUUCCCCUUGCUCCGCCGCAGCACGAUUUUUACUCCUCCCCCUCCUCCUCCGUCCGCCGCCACAGCGACGGCGAUAAAGGCAAGGGUUCCAUGUCUCUCGACUUCGACAUCUGACUGCCGACACACACAAAUAUAUACAUAUACAUAUACAUAUACAUAUACAUAUAUAUAUAUAUCUCCGACAACAUCGCCAUUAUCGAGCCCCAAAUCAAUCAGAGGUAACUGUUAAGUCACGAUUUCACACAGUAACUAAAUUAUCCAAUAUUAUCUCUAUCUCUAUCCAUGGAUUGAUCAAAACGAUUCCUUAUGAAUCUGAAGAGACGAUAUCGGGAUUCUUCACCCACGUGUUAGAAUUUUUUGAGUGCUCUCUGUAAAUAUUUAUAUAUAUAUAUUUAUUUUAUUAAUAGACGAAGAAAAUUUUGUCCAUUGUCGUUAUUUUAUGCUUAAUUAAUUUGCUCAACAAUGUCAAUUAUCCAUUCGAUUUGUGCCUCCAUUAAUUAUUACACAUCUUUUAUUUGAUACAUAUUUCUUCUAUUUUCUCGAGGAAGAACACAUCCAAAUCAAAAAUUUCUGUCGAUUUUUUUUUUUUAAUUUUUUUUUUUGGAUGUCACUGCUGUGUUGUUUUAAUUAUCUGUCGUAGGUUGUCGUGAGAUUGCUGCUGUUUCUACCUGCAGUACGGACGCUUCCCCAAGAGCUUUCAUAAGCGAUCGAAUCAACGAAAAUGGCGCGUGUUCCACCGAUAAGCUGCGGACAAACGUAAGCUAGCUUGCUAGGCUGCUGCUGCUGCUGCUGCAAUGGCAAUGGCGAUGGCAAUGCCUGCCUGAAUCGAAGCAGACAAUUCUAACGGAACCACCUUUUUUGCAUUGUUUCAGAUCCCUAGAUUUAUACAUAUAUAUAUAUAUAUAGAGAGAGAGAGAGAGAGAGAAAGAGGUUAGUUAUUAGAGGUUAAUAUGUAUAUAUAUAUAUAUAAAAUUAUAUAUCCUGUUAGGAUGCUCAUUGCCCCAAUUGUGAAAAUAUUAUAUAUAGCAUAGGAAAAUAUAACAAACAUCGAAUAUUGUAUAAAAUAUUAGUAUGUUGUGUAACUCUGUUUUAUGGGAAGGAUUACGGAUCAACGCUGUGCUGAUUUUCUAAAUCAACAAAUGUAAAAUACAGAAACAAUACAUGUCUUUAACUACAAACAACA